AUGGCAUUGAUAGGUCAUGCAGUGGAAUUUCAGGAUUACCUUCCAUCCAUGAUGCAGACACUGGGAACAGAAGGGUUUAUGUUGGAGCUGUGUAGCGGGUUUCGUUUGUUAAUGGAUGUUGAUAAAGGCCUGAUCACGCUUGAGAGCUUGAAGAGAAAUAGUAUGCUACUAGGGAUGCAAGACAUGAGGGAUGAUGACCUUGUGUGCAUGUUAAUGGAAGGUGAUUUGGAUGGAGAUGGGGCUAUAAAUCAGAUGGAAUUUUGUAUUCUCAUGUUUAGAUUGAGUCCUGGGUUGAUGAAUGGAUCAAAGCAAUGGGUGGAAGAACUCUACGCGAAUGACAUGUAG